AUGUCAGAUAUUCCUUCAUCCAAUGAAUCUCAUCUGGAUUCUAUUCCCAUUAAUCAUAAUAAUAAUAAUAAUAAUAAUAAUAAUAAUAACUCUAAGGAAAUUGGUAAGGACAUAAACUCAACUCAUACUCCUCAUCAUAGAGUCUCAUUUACUGAACAACAAUCAAUGUCUACUUCAAGCAGGAAAUCCUCACUUUUGAGAAAGCAUUCCCUGAAUAAUUCAUCUUUAGAAAACGAUAAACGUCCAUCCAUUAUAUCGAGAAAUAGCAAUCCGGACAUUCAUAGAGAAUCGUUACCUCCUCUUAGUCGAGGACCAAGUUACAAUAGUAAUUAUACAAGAAGUCAUAGUUCAAAGAAUGUUAAUGCCAACAAUUCCAUUAACGCUGGUAUUACUUCCGAUAAUAAUAAUAAUAAUAACAGCCAUGCAAAUUUGAAUACUCCAGUUAGUUCUCCAGUUACAUCCUCAGUGAGUUCUCCAUCAGCCAAUGGUAAGCAAUUUAACUUGACAUUACCGGCAGGAAAAUCAAGAGAAAAGUCACCAGGCCGUCAUUCCAAAGAGGGAGGACAUACUAGAUCAAGAUCAUUUACUAAACAACAAUAUGGUGCCGGUAGCACAAGUUCUCAACUGAGCACACUGUAUUUGGCUCAAGAAAAAGCAUAUCUACGUAAAAUGAGAAAUCAAUCUAUUGACGAUUAUUAUUCAAAAGGUAUACCUGGCGCUCAUGAAUUCUCCAAAGCAGAUGAUAACGAUGAUGAAGACGAUGAAGAUGAAGAACAUUCUUCCUUUGAUGCUGGUGAUAAUGCUAAUUUGUUAGCAGCCAUAGAUGAUGAUAAAUAUCAAAUUGACUAUAGCAUGGCUCUUUCAUUAAUGAAAAAUUCUAAUGUCAAUUUGAGAAAAAUCGCCAAUUUGAAUUCUGAUGACACUGAUGAUCCAGCUAUCAUUGAAAGGUUGGAAUGGCAAUCGAUGUUGACUUCUGUGUUAACUGGUGAUGUUGUUCGUAGUGAAAAAACGAAAAUCAUUAAUAUUAAUAACCCGGAUAGUACCCAAGAAUCCUACUUGCAUGCCACUUUCAAAGAAAAUUUGUGGUUUGGAAUUAGGGCCAAAAUCUUUAAUCGAACUGAAGAUGAACAACGUAAAAUUGUUGCUUAUAGAAGGACUUUGGUGGAUCAAUUGAUUGAUGAUGUGAUGAAAUUUGAAAUUGAUUAUGAAAACUCUACUGAAAAUCCAAUUAGAGGUCAAGUCAAGACUAUUUUGGAUAGAUAUGACCAAGCAUGUAGCUUGUGGAAAACAUUGGAAGACAUGUAUAGUGAUAAACCAGCGUGCCGAAGUGAAGAGUUUCAAAACAGAAUUGAUGCAUUAACAGCAUGGUUGACUAUUACUGAUGCAAUUAGUAGAGAAACAAAGUCGUUACGAUUAUGGAUAGGAAAUGAUGAGUUGGAUAUUACCAAAUCUCCUGUGGAAGUUUCAUCUUCCAAUACUGUUACUUCAAAUAGUAAAAUUGUGAAGAAAAUAUUUGAUGAAGAUAACAAGUCAUUAGCUGAGAGAUUAAUGAAAGAGAAAGAUGUGCAAACAAUUUUCAGGAAAAGAAUUUUCAAGCCAAUAGCACCAUGGAUGAUCAAAUCUAAAGAUACUUAUAUUAGAUUAGGAGUCAUGUUUGAGAAUAUGAAAUUGCCGGAUUAUUUACAUGAUUUGUUGCAAAUAUGUAUUAUUCCGGUUCGAUUAAUCAAAGAAAUUGUUAUUGUGCGAUUAGGUUAUGCCAUGAAAUUACAGAACCCUACAUUAAUGAUGAUUGAUCAAAUGCUUGAUGAUUUUAAAAGUUAUAUUACUGUUGCCUUGGAAGUUAAAAGUGGAAUUCUGGAAUAUAAAGAGCCCGAUGAAGAUAGAAAAUGGUUAAUUAGUGAUUUAUUUGACAGUGAACUUGAAGAUUUUGAUAACGUUAUAUUAAGAUGCGUUCGUUACUUUUUGGUGUUACUCAAUAGAAAAUUAUUAGAUAGUUCGCGUUCGCCAACAACGUUCCGAACAUUUAAAGAGCCAGAGGAGUUGGAAGAAGCAUGGAAUUUUUUGAAACCAUUAGGACAUUAUGUUGAUGGUGGUAGUGUAGUAGUUGCUGAAGAAAUCACUAUGCUUGCUCUGAGGUUGAUUCACCGGUUGAUGGCAUAUUUUAAUCAUCAGAUUAGAGAUCCUACUUAUAAUGGACUGUCUCAAGACUUGAUCCGUUGGUACAGCUCCACGUCGGAAAAUUUCGGUCAAUUGCGACGUAAGUUGGCUCGUUUUAUGGGUGAAAUAUCUCGAGAUUUUAAAAACUCGGUAGUAUUUGAUAUACCGUCUCAAUCAAAUAGUACCAAGACUUUGUUAGAUAUCCUUCGUACAACUAAUCAUUUUUUGGUUUACACCGGAACUGUUGAGACUCAAGGGACUUAUUUUUUUGCCAGUCCUGAACUAUUAGGCAAUGAACAAGAGAUUUUGAAAAUUUUGACGGGAUCUUAUGUUGGAUUGGAUCCAAGUACUGAUAAUCUGCAUUUCACUGAUUUAUUGCACUUGAUACGAUCUGGUAGUGAAGAGCAAAUACGGUAUAAUGAUGAUAAUGAUGACGAUGAUCUCGAAUCGUAUGAUGAUUCAAAUAGUGCUUAUGCUUAUGUUUUGGCAUUAUGUCCUAUGAAACCUAUCGUAUGGGAUGGGCUUGUUGUCAAUGUUGAUAUUGAUUCGGUUCCGAUUACAGAUAUGAAAAAUGGUGAAUUAUUGUUAGUCUCGAAAUUAUCGUAUUACGAUCUUCAUAUUGUCCGCAAUAGGUUUUUGGAAGUGGCAAGCGAAGUGUCUCUUGGUAAUGCUGGACUUAAACAAAUGGAAUAUCGAUGCUCGUUGGCCAAAGUGAAUCAAGAGUUGAAAAAAAUGAAUCGAGUUGUUUUUAAAAUGUGCUCAUCAGUAUUAGAAUCGGUAGAGAUAAUCAAAACUAGAAUUGCUGAACUUGACCCAGUAGGAGAAUAUCAAGCAUUAAUUAAUAGUUAUUUUAUUUAUGCGCGUGAUUAUGGUAAGAAUUCGGUGAGAAUGCUCGACCCGCAACGGAAAUCAACUAUUAUUAUGAAGAUGAUUCAAUUAUCGAUUGAUUGGGUCAGUUUUAUUUGUGACGAUUGUAUUCCAACCGAUAGGAAAACUUUCCGAUGGUGUGUUUUGGCAUUAGAAUUUGCCAUGGAGAUGAUUCGUGGUAUCAAUAUAUUUUUGUUGACAGAGGAACAAUUUACGAAAUUAAAAGUAAAAGUUGCUCGUUGUAUGUCAUUGUUGAUUUCUCAUUUCGAUAUUAUGGGAGCCAGAUCAAGCGAAGCAGAAAAGAACAAAUUAUUGAAAUGGACAUUGCAACGUCAUAAUAUUGCUAGUUCUCAGAAUGACGAUGAGUAUUUGAACAAGGUGUAUCAUGAAGAAGUCAUGGGACAGAUUAAAAAAAUUGAAGAAGAGCGACGUGAUUUACAAGAAGAGUUGCAAUCAAUUGGACGUGUAUUGGAUGUUACCGAUCUGGAAUAUCAAUUUGUCACAUUAUUGGCAUCGUCAUUUUCAAGUGUUUCCAUCAGAUGGCAAAAGGGGGCGUGUAUUGGACGUGGUACAUUUGGCCAAGUGUUUUCAGCAGUCAACUUGGAUACUGGUGGAGUUAUGGCUGUCAAAGAAAUUACAUUCCAUGAUAGUCAAUCGAUUAAAAAUAUCGUACCCCUGAUCAAGGAAGAAAUGACGGUAUUGGAAAUGUUAAAUCAUCCAAAUGUGGUACAAUAUUUCGGUGUUGAAGUUCACCGUGACAAAGUUUACAUUUUCAUGGAAUUCUGUGAAGGAGGAUCGCUUGCUGGAUUAUUGACCCAUGGUAGAAUUGAAGAUGAAAUGGUUAUUCAAGUUUAUACAUUGCAAAUGUUAGAAGGGUUGGCCUAUUUGCAUCAAUCGGGUGUUGUACAUCGUGAUAUCAAACCUGAAAAUGUAUUAUUGGAUCAUAAUGGAGUAAUUAAAUUUGUUGAUUUUGGUGCUGCUAAAGUUAUAGCUAGCAGUGGAAGAACUCUUAGUGGAAUGACAAAUGCUUCACUCCGUAAAUCAGUUAAACGUGAUGGACAUGAUAAUUUGAAUUCCAUGACGGGUACACCGAUGUAUAUGUCGCCAGAAGCUAUUACUGGUACGUCUACUGAUAGAAGUGGUGUUGUUGACAUUUGGUCUUUGGGAUGUUGUGUAUUGGAAAUGGCUACUGGAAGACGUCCAUGGGCCAACUUGGAUAAUGAAUGGGCCAUCAUGUAUCAUAUAGCUGCUGGUCAUAAACCACAAUUACCUUCACCUGAACAAUUGAGUGAAUCAGGGAGAAACUUUUUAGCACGUUGUCUCGAACAUGAUCCUGAUAAAAGACCAAGUGCUGUUGAACUAUUAGCUGAUCCAUGGAUGGUUGACAUUAGACAAAUUGCUUUUGGAAAUUCCGAUGUUACAACUACACCAUCAUCAGAGAUUUCAGGUCCUAUUUCAGAAUAA